AUGGCGGACACCGACUUCGUCCUCCUCGAGUCCUCGGACGGGUACACCUUCUCCGUUCCCCGUCGUAUUGCUAUGGCGAGCCAGACGCUCAGGUCGAUGUUGGACGAGGACUCCGCAUUCCAGGAGGCCAAGGACAAGACCGUCAGGCUCGAAUACCGUGGUAUCAUCCUUCUCAAGGUCAUCGAGUAUCUGCAGUACAAGGUCCAGUACGCCGACUUUGCCAGCAGCGACAUCCGCGAGGACUUCCAGGACCGCAUUGAUCCUUACAUUGCCCUCGAGCUGCUCACUGCGGCGGACUACCUUGAGACAUAG